AUGGAGCAAAAACCCGCCCGCGGUCGCAUCCGUGAAGCUUAUCAAAACCCACCUGCGAUCGAAACUUUGGGUGAAAUUCCAAAGCCACACCCAAACACGUCGGGUUUCGGUCUCACCCCCACGCAUCGCCCCGCCCCCAUCGUCCAACCGUGCGAGCACCCCAUCGUCCCGCCGCCUCCUGCCCCCCUUCUCCGCACAUCGUCCCGCCGCCUCCUGCCCCCCCUCCUCCGCACGAGCCGCAGCCGGCCCCCGCAGACCGCGUGCGUGCUCUCUCUCCCCUCCUCCCCCUCCCUCUCUCCGUGCGACGACUGGGUGGGCUACCGCCGCCCUACGCAAGGUGCCGAGAACUUCGCCGAUAUCUGCGCCGGAGAAGAGCGCCCACCAGAUCAGGCGCUUGGAAGGCGCGCUGGCCGGUGGAUGACGAUGGCGGGUGGCGGGGGACUGAACCGGUCUUCAUCGAGGGGGCAGCUGCUGCCGCAAGAGCUGCUUGACGAUCUCUGCAGCCGGUUCCUUCUGAAUGUGCCCAAGGAGGAGCUGGAGUCGUUCGAGCGGAUCCUGUUCCUGCUAGAGCAGGCGCACUGGUUCUAUGAGGACAACUCCGUUGAGCACAACCCCAACCUCAAGUCUCUCUCCUUCAAGGACUUCACUUCCCUCAUGUUCAAGAGCUGCACUGCUCUCCGGCCCUACAUCGCGCACCUGGAUGAUAUCUACAAGGACUUCAACAACUACAAGUUUCGUGUGCCUGUGUCCGGUGCCAUCAUCCUAGACGACACUUAUGAGAGGUGCUUGCUUGUUAAAGGAUGGAAGGCUGGGGCCAGCUGGAGCUUUCCUCGUGGAAAGAGGAAUAAAGAUGAGGAAGACCACACAUGUGCUGUUAGAGAAGUAAACUUCUGCCUGUAUCAUCAAUGA